GUUCAUUUUACUUUCAUUUACCGUAAAUGUGUGGCUGCAUGGCUGCCAAGAAGAAGCAGUUACAUUUUGUACACAGGUAGCCUAAAUAUGUGUGUAUAUGUUUAAUGUAUUUUCUUAUUGCUGUUUACAUCUGCUGUGUUUAUACGGCUGUAACAUGGAUUGUGGGCGACUAUUUAUCAGAAGUCUGAGAAGGAGCCUUGAGCUUCUUGUGUGUUUCACCUCUGCGUGGUUUGUAACAGUCUCACUGGGCUUGAUCAGCAGAAAAGAAGACUUCAGUCCUACUUUGAGGAUCUGAGGGAGGCAGGCACCUGCUGCACAGUCCCCCCUCCCACUACUGACGUGACAUCUGGCAUAUGAGGCGAAGAGGUGGAGAGAACAGUCAGUGAAGCGGCGUUGCUGUUGUGCACAUCAGGAAGAUCAACAGACAGGCUGCAUCAUUCUGGCACCAGACAGGAAUUCAACACAGAUGCCGAUGUGUCAAGUGAAUGUGACCAGCGGCGUAGAGAGCAACUGUACUCGCUGUCCGUCCAUCGAUGACUUCCGUAACCAGGUGUACUCCACAGCCUACUCCCUCAUCACUGUGCUGGGUCUGUUUGGGAAUGGCUUUGCCCUGGUGGUAUUGAUCAGAACUUACCGCCAGGGCUCACCCUUCCAUGUCUUCAUGCUGAACCUGGCUGUAUCUGAUCUGCUGUGUGUCUUGACGCUGCCACUGCGAGUCCUCUACUAUGUCAGACAGGGCCAAUGGGACCACGGGGAUUUCCUCUGUCGCAUCAGCUCCUACACCCUCUAUGUAAACCUCUACUGCAGUAUUUACUUCAUGGCUGCCAUGUCCAUAACACGAUUCUUGGCCAUCGUCUUCCCUGUGCAGAACCUGCGCCUGGUGACAGAGAACCGUGCUCGCUUGGUGUGUGCGGGUGUCUGGGUGUUUAUCUGUCUUUCAUCCUCACCCUUUCUGAUGUCUGGCCAGCAUUUUGACCCCUGCACCAAUAAAACAAAGUGCUUUGAGCCACCACAAUGUCAAGAUAUGAAGAAAAUCGUAGUGCUCAACUAUUUCUCUCUGGUGAUCGGCUUUGCCCUGCCCUUCGUGGUCAUCCUGCUCUGCUAUGUCGGCAUAGUCCGCGCCCUUAUGUCCCGCACCCACACUGCCCGACGCCAGAGGGACACGGGCACCAAAGCCAUCCGAAUGAUUGUCAUCGUCCUUCUGACAUUCCUGAUCAGCUUCAUGCCGUACCACAUACAGCGCACCAUCCACCUGAACUUCAAGUCCCGAGAUGACACCCCUUGCUCAGAAGUGGUCGCCAUGCAGAAGUCUGUGGUGGUGACACUGAGCCUGGCUGCUGCCAAUUCAUGUUUUGAUCCACUGCUUUAUUUUUUCUCUGGAGAGGGUUUCCGCAAUCGCUUGUCAUCCCUGCGCCGGUCAGUGACAGGCAACACCCUGCGCAGCACAGCCAGACUGAAGCCUAUCGUGGCCCCAGUGCCUGGAGAAAACCACCAGAUGGCCAGUUAAAUAGGUUGGGGGGGUCAUUAACAAGCAUUUUAGGAUACGUAGCAUGACAUGUGCUCUCUUUAACAAACAGGGAAGGAGUUGAGAGAACCAGGGAAAGACGAAAGGAAGAAUGAGGGCUGGUUUACUUAUGAACAGAGUAUUUCAACAUUUAAGCCUCAGGAGUAUGUUUCCAUGUGUCCUUUAAAAUAUUUAUUAUUCUGAAUAUUGUUGAAUAUUAAGGCGAUGUUGAUGUUUUGCCUUCCUGUCUGUUAUGACAGUCUAUUGUGUCCCAAAUGUUACGGAAACAGUCGAAUCAUGAAAAGAAAUACAUAAAUAUUAAGUACAUCAGUGUGUGAAUGUAUUGUAGAUAACGUAGCAACGUGUUUCUUCAAUAAUUUAACAACCUGCAUAACGACCGUUUAUUAAUAAGGACUGAACUCUGCUGACUAUUUUUUUUUUUAUUAGUAAAGGUAGCUAUGGUGCCUUAUGUAAUUACUUUUAAUCCAUUUGGAUUCAUAUUUGUUGUUUUUGUUCAAUUCAUUUUAUUAUUUCUGUGUAUGUUUAUUGUAAAAAAUGAUUUGUUGCUUUUAUUUUUUUUUUUACCAUCUGCACUGUCAUCUGUUUUACAUUUUAAUACAUUAACAGUGAGCUCGAGGGGGAUUUCAAGACUUGGGAGUGGACCUUUUUAAAAAGGAAAUAUGUUUAUCUGCUUUGUUUUUAAGAGCUAGAUAACAAGAUCAACAACAGUCUGGACGGUAAAUAUUAGACUUCUUCCUGCUUUGUUUGUCACAAAGGGAAAAACCCCUAGACUGGGUCUGUCCAAACAUAUCAAAAUUGGCCUGCAAGAACCUCUAUGGCUCACUAAUUAAAACAUUGUACAUCAUUUGUUUGAUCCACACAAUUUGUGUUUUUUUUAUUUUUUAUCACUGUUUCCUGUCUAGAUGCUGAGCUAAGAUAAUUGCUAAGCUGCUGGCUGUGGCUUCAUAUUUACUGUACAAAUAAUAGAGUAGUGCUGAUCUUCCUUAUAUUAUAACUCUUAGCAAGAAAGUUAAUGAGUGAAUUUCACACAAAAAAAAUGUCUUUAAAGACCUGAAAAUAUGCCGCUGUGCUCGUGUAUGAUAAGUAUAUGUCAUGUUAUGUAUGAUAUAUGUAUUAAUAAAUCAUAUAGUACGUGUCAGUUCAGUGUGAUUGCAUGUGUGUCCUCGCUGUCAUGGAAAUCCACUACAUCCAUGAAGAGUUACAGACUCUGUCCACUGGGUGUCACACCAGCAUAUGUAUUGUUGUAGUCGUUCGCCAACACAUUUAAUACUGAUCAUUCUCUUCAUUGCUUUUCUAUUAUUUAUCUCUAAUUCACAAAGAAAACAA